GAUAAAUCUCAGUCCCUGGGCAGUAGCAACGCAGCCGCAACUGCUCCAGAAAAGGCUUCCGACGCCUCCAAUCCUCAAACCGUCGUCAGCGGCUCGCCCGUGCGUCGUCGAGUCUCUCCUCCACUUUCAGUGUUAAGGACCACAUGAGCUUAACCAAGUAAUUGCGUGCUGUUCUCUGAGUAUAGGUCGAUGGUGUGUGCAUUGUCUGCCUCCAGUACGAGCAUUUUCUUUCGAAAAGAGCCUCACUCUCAUCACUUCCGGAGGAAACGUUUUGUUUCGAUUAGGGCUUGCACGUCUGCUGCAUCGCCACCGGAUAACAUCAAUGGGUCGAAAGUUGAGUAUACGCCUUGGCUCAUAGCUGGUUUGGGAAAUCCCGGAAAUAAGUACUCUGGUACUAGGCACAAUGUUGGUUUUGAAAUGAUCGAUCGAAUAUCUCAAGAAGAGGGCAUCAUAAUGAACAUUAUCCAGUCAAAAUGUUUGAUUGGCAUAGGUUCCACUGGAGAGGUACCAAUUCUGUUAGCGAAGCCUCAGACUUACAUGAACUUCUGUGGAGAAUCAGUUGGGGCUCUGGCGGCAUAUUAUCAAGUUCCCCUGCGUCAUAUCUUAUUGGUAUACGAUGAGAUGAGCUUGCCGAAUGGUGUUUUAAGGCUACAACCAAAAGCAGGGCAUGGCUACCAUAACGGGGUAAAAAGUGUGAUGGCCCACUUGGAUGGCCGCCGCGAAUUUCCUAGUGCCAUUUUAUGUUGGGUGUUUGCAGGCAUCGGAAAUCCACCUGGCACCAUGGACGUGAAAGCUUUCCUUUUGCAGAAAUUCAGUUCCCUCGAGCGACAACAGAUUGACAUUGCACUCGAGCAGGGAGUCGAGGCUGUGCGGAACCUGGUGCUCAAUGGGUUUGAUCAAAGCAUUGAAAGAUUUAACCUAGGACAGAAGUACAAGUUCCACAAGGUUUGAAGUGCGCAGGUACUUGUAAUAUCAGGUUAAAUGGAGGAUGUGACUUAUUAUUUGCUCCUUUAGUUGAUGACCUAUGGGUCAUUUACUUGGAGAGAAUGAAUCUAAGAUGGAAAUUCAGAGGGUCCUCGUCCUUCAUUUUAUCCAUCCGAUCGAAACGCGCGAAUGACCAAAUGUAAUCAAAAACGGUCCAAAGAGGUCUCUCUAUCAAUAUGGUUCUACCUACUCAGAAACACGCUGUUUUGCAAGCGGUCUGCGGAGAAGACGAUCGGUAUCUCGCUUUGUGGCAGCUGUGGGAACAAACCUGAAUCUUUUGUCUUCUCGAUCGCCCGAUAGAGAAUGAAGAAGGGUGAUCUUCAUCUUUUCCUCAUAAGAGAGUCCAUUCUUGAUAUCUUAACUAGACAUGUCAAAAUGAAUUGUAAAUUCAUUUCUUAACUCAUAUUUAGUGGGUUGAGUUGUUAUACAAAUUUAUUAUUUUUA